UUGUUCAGGCUGGGGUUCAGAGCAGCCAGUGUCCCGUCUGGCAGGAAGCACUCUGCAUUCCCAGCGACGUGCCUUGAGUGGACAAAUCAUGCCGAUUGUGUGGGAGAGAAACCCAGCGCUGCUUCCAAGAUGAAGGCAGAGAGGGAGGCAUCAUGCAAAGAGACAGCCGUUCCUUCACCGUUUCUUCUCCUAUGGCUUUUCAUCUUUUCUUUGGCAGGUGUACAUGGGGUGAACAUCAGCUGUCCAUCUCCUCUAGUGCGAGGUACACUAGGAGGCUCAGCCCUUCUUUCUGUAUCCUACACCAGCACCAGCUCCGACCAGCCCGUUAUUAAGUGGCAGCUGAAGCGAGACAAAGCUGUCACUGUGGUCCAGUCCAUUGGUACAGACAUAAUUGGGAACCUAAGACCUGAGUACCGCGGCCGAAUCCUCCUGUAUGAGAAUGGCUCCCUGCUCCUGCAUCACCUGCAGCUGUCAGACGAGGGCGCCUAUGAGGUGGAGAUAUCCAUCACUGAUGAUACCUUCACUGGGGAGCGAUACGUCAACCUCACCGUGGAUGUUCCAGUGUCCAGGCCCUUUAUCCACAUUGCAGCCUCAUCCGUCCUAGAGCUGACUGAGCUGUUUAUUCUCAACUGCACUCACGACACUGGCACCAAACCUACCUAUAGCUGGCUGAAGGGCGGGAAAUCUUUAACCAAUGACUCACACCUGCUCCUGUCACAUAACCAGAAGGUCCUGACCAUCUCCCGUGUUGUGAUGUCAGAUGACGACGUCUACACCUGUAGGGUGGAGAACCCCAUCAGCAGUAUGAAGAGCCUGCCUGUCAAACUCACUGUUUACAGACGGAGUUCUCUCUAUAUCAUCCUCUCCAUGGGAGGCAUUUUCUUACUCAUCACCUUGGUGACUGUGUGCGCCUGUUGGAAACCCUCCAAAAAAAAAAGGCAAGAGCUUGCCGGACAGAGCAGACAAAAUGUGGCGGAGCAGAGCAACGGCAAUCAUGAGGUUGAUGUUGUGCCUGCUAGAAAUUACCAGAACCGUCGGAACCCAGGUGGACUCUACGUCCUCAAAGAAAAGGAGGGAACAGAUGAGUCUUAUAUUGAUCCCCUCAGCCCAUCUUGUUAUCCAAGCAUGGCUCCACCUUCUGCACACUCUCCAGAUGCUUAUAUGCAUUCAGGAAGGAGAUACCCCCUUACCCCCGUCCCCUCUCCUCCAUCAACCCCUCAUCCAACUCUCAUUCCACCCCUCUCCUGUCCACCACACGUGGGCAGUUUAACACGCAAACCCCGCCCUUCAAGACUAAGCCCCUCCCCUCCACAUGCAGAACAACUUCUGAUUGAACCAGAAAACAAUAUGCAGCACCACCACAGCCUCCCGCGAUGAGCAAGAGAGUUUGGAUGUAAAAUGUCCAGGAUAAUGUCAGAUUAUGAGACUAUGUAUGUGGGUACUGUAAUUUUAAUUAGUGAUUUUAUAAUUGUUAUCUUUUUGAAAUAGCAUGAGUUGAGUGUUUCAUGUUUGAAAGAGAAUGAAUGGUGUACAAGACCAAAACUCAUAAUUGAGAAGAAUCUAAUUUACCAGGAGUACAUGGAUGUACAAUACGUUUGAAUUGUUACUGAAUACUAACAUUUUUUUUUUUUUUUCAGAUUUAGUCAAUUUGAUACUGUAAAUUGUAUCUUUAUUGAGCAUUGUUGGGAUCUGUUAGGGUAUACUGUAAUAGUGUUACUUUACGUCAGUAUUAAAAUGAUUUUAUUAUUUUUGCUCAAAUAAUAUGACUUUUUUUUCUGAAUAUUUGCUUUCUGACACAAGCGUCUAUGUUAAACAAUUGUUAACUUACAACGUUUAACCACCAGAGGCUCCCACAUCACUAUCAAUCAAUAAAACAUCUGCACCAUCUCAAAGCCGGACUACAGCUAGCCAGACAGUGUUAACAGCUCUUCAGUUUCUCUCUCCUCCCUUUUUUCUGUAGAACAAUAGAAAAAUGUUUAUUUCUACAACAAUUAGGGAUUGUUAAUAAAUCCCUUCAGCUUGAUUUACAGAGUAAAUAGAUUAUAGCAUUUCCCCCCUCAUUAUUAUCCAAAGGGUUUGUUAGUCAAAUAGAGCAUGUUAAAGAAACUACAUUAUAUGUUAUAAAUCCUAAUAUUUACUCUAAAUAUUUAGUUAAACGCUGAUGCCACCAUCAGAUAAAUGGCGUUCUACAUGAGUAAAGCUUGUUCGUUUAGUCCUGUCAGUCACAACACAAGAACAUGAAGUCUGAUGAGAGUUUGCUGAAACAUGGUGUGCAUUUGAUAUGCAGUAGGGCUUUAUAUCAUUGCCUCUUGCUUUCAUUUAUAUAGACAUUGUUCACAUUGUUUGUAAACUUAAAAUAUAAUAAUGUUAAAUAUAAUGUAAAGCCUAUUUGCUUUAUAGGAUGGAACAGUGCUGUUAAAAGUCAUUCCAUGUUGAAAGCAUGUGUGAUAUUUUGGAAACAAUCUAUGAGUUUGUAAUGCAUUGUACUGUAUUGUAAUGUAUUAAUCUGUUGAGCAUGUCUAACUCGCUUUUAGAGAACAAUAGUAGUCACACUGUCUGACAUUAGGUGUGUGAUCAGUCAACCAAUCAGAUGUCAGGCAUAAUAAAGACUUUCUUUUCACAAUAAAUAUGUCUUUAAAAACAAAACGAAACAGAAAAUAUAUAGCUCUUAGUCCAUAAAUAGAUCAUUCACAUUGAUUUCAAGUUCAUGAGGAUGAGUAGGGUGCAGCAGGGAUGUUUUGAUGUUUUUGAGCAAGCUGAAGAUGAUGUUAAUAAUGCUGUUAUCUGAAUUAAAUUCUACUACCACCA